AUGCCCGUCGUCGAGAUCAAAGAUAUGGCUAGAUUCAAGGAGCUUCUUAAAAGCCACCCAACGGUAAUCAUUGAUGCCGGGGCAACAUGGUGCGCUCCCUGCAAAGCCAUUAGCCCAUAUUUCGAAAAGUAUUCCGAAUUGGGAGAAUACGAUUCCGACAAGGUCGUAUUUGCCAAAUUCGACACAGAUGAAGUUCCCGAUCUCGCUCAGGAACUUGGAAUUCGCUCGAUCCCAGCUUUCUUCCAUUUUCAAGACGGUGAGCUGUAUGAAAAGGUGGCGGGGGCAAAUCCUGGUGCACUUGGGAAACUUGUAGAACAAGCAACCCAGAAGGCUUCUGCAUAA